GCCGGCGGAGGCCGGCGCGCUCUUCCGGAGGGGCCCGCGGCGACGGAAUUCCUCUGCUGAGACUGUGCCGCGCCCAGAGCCGCCGCCGCCGCGAAGAUGCCGGGCCGUUACCUGUUUGAGCCCCGUCGGAAAGCUGGCACAGGCCAACUCCUCCCGAGGGUCAGGCCAAGAAGUUGCAGGGACUAGUCGGCGGCUCGGAGGGGCCAGGGCCAGGGCGCGCGCCCUCCCUCCGCCUCCUCCCUCCCGCCGCCCGCGCUCGCCGCCUCUCUCCCACCCGCGCUCCCUCCUCCCUCCUCCCGCCUCCCCGCCCGGCCCCCUCCGCGUGGCACGGGGCGGGGGGUGCCGCGAAACUCCGGCCCGAGCCGCCCGGACUUGCACAGUGUCCUCGGGGCGCAGGGCCGAGCGCACGCAGUCGCGCAGCUCUGCCUCCGCCUGUCCGUCUCGCUGCGAUCCCGGCCCGGGGCUGUGGCGUCGGCUGGACCCGGGCAGCCAGCAGCCCGCGCGGGAACCGGACCAGCGCCGGAGGAGCUCGGACGGCAUGCUGAGCCCCCUCCUCGGCUGACGCCGGAGUGCGGAGCAGCCGGGUCGAGCGCCGGCCGGGGAGACGCAGGCGGCCAGGGUGCGAGACCGAGCGGGCGAGCCGCGGAGGCGCGGGAGGAGGCGCCGAAGCCGGAGAGGAGCAGCAAAAGAAGUGGUGGUGGUGGGCGUCGUGGCCAUGGCGGCGGCUAUCGCCAGCUCGCUGAUCCGGCAGAAGAGACAAGCCCGCGAGCGCGAGAAAUCCAACGCUUGCAAGUGUGUCAGCAGCCCCAGCAAAGGCAAGACCAGCUGCGACAAAAACAAGUUAAACGUCUUUUCCCGGGUCAAACUCUUCGGCUCCAAGAAGAGGCGUAGAAGGAGACCAGAGCCUCAGCUUAAGGGUAUAGUUACCAAACUGUACAGCCGACAAGGCUACCACUUGCAGCUGCAGGCAGAUGGAACCAUUGAUGGCACAAAAGACGAGGACAGCACUUACACUCUGUUCAACCUCAUCCCUGUGGGUCUUCGGGUAGUGGCUAUUCAAGGAGUUCAAACCAAGCUGUAUUUGGCAAUGAACAGCGAGGGAUACCUGUACACCUCGGAACAUUUCACACCUGAGUGCAAAUUCAAAGAAUCGGUGUUUGAAAAUUAUUACGUGACAUAUUCUUCAAUGAUAUACCGUCAGCAACAGUCAGGCCGAGGAUGGUAUCUGGGUCUGAACAAAGAAGGAGAGAUCAUGAAAGGAAACCACGUGAAAAAGAACAAGCCUGCUGCCCAUUUUCUGCCCAAACCACUGAAAGUGGCCAUGUACAAGGAGCCAUCCCUGCAUGAUCUCACAGAGUUCUCCCGAUCCGGAAGCGGGACCCCAACCAAGAGCAGAAGUGUCUCCGGCGUGCUGAACGGAGGCAAAUCAAUGAGCCACAAUGAAUCAACGUAGCCAGUGAGGGCAAAACAAGGGCUCUGUAACAGAACCUUACCUCCAGGUGCUGUUGAAUUCUUUUAGCAGCAGUCCUUCACCCAAAAGUUCAACUUCGUCAAUGACGUUUACCAAACAGGCAGAGUUCACUAUUCGAUCUGCCAUUAAACCUUUCCAUCCGUUCUAAAGCCCCAUCACUUAGAUUGAGCUUGUGCAAAAGAAAGCCAAGCAUUAUCAGUGAACUAAAUCUGGGAGAAGGACUGCCCAAUUUUCUCAUGAUCUCACCUAUACUUUGGGGAUGACAAACCAAAAACAUUUCACAGCACUAAUGCUGAUAAAAAUUUGCUCUCCAACCAAGAAAAUGUAAAAGACCACAAUUGUUCUUCAGAAACAAAAAAACAAAACAAAACAAAAUCAACUGCUUACAUGUUUUGUAGGGGCAAACUAAAUUAUGUGAACUGUGUUGUUUUCUUGGCUUCAUGUUUUCUAUCUACGCUUGGUUCAACUGUAUUCUUUACUUUGGUGUAAGCGCAACUUUAUGAUUUCUGGAAUUCAGUGGUUCUAUUGACUCUGUGUCACUUAAUCCAAAUCAACCAAAUUCAGGGUUGAAUCUGAAUUGGCAUCUCAGGCUCAAGGUAACAGUGUUCUUGCGACAUCACCAAUAAUUUUUUUUAGGUGUGUAGUAUUCUGGUCAAAUUCUUGUGCUGGACUUUGUGCGUAGAAAUUGAGUUGUAUUGUCAACCCCAGUCAGUAAAGACUACUUAAAAAAAAAGAUUAUCCUCAAGUGUAGAUUUCUCUUAAUUCCAUUUGCGUUAUCAUGUUACACUAUUGUUGUGGCUUCUUGUGUAAAGACAGGAACUGUGGAACUGUGAUGUUGUCCUUUGUGUUGUUAAAAUAAGAAACGUCUUAUCUGUAUAUGUAUGAGUCCUCCCGUCAUUGUAUUUGGCAUGUGAAUAUUGUGUACAAGGAAAUGUUAAGACUGGUUACCCCUAAACACCAUAUACUUAUACUUGCUUCUGGAAAAGUGUUUAAGACUUAGCUAGGUUUCCAUUUAGAUCUUCAUAUCUGUUGCAUGGAAGAAAGUUGGAAUCUUGGCAUAGAGUUGCAUGAUAUGUAAGAUUUUGUGCAUUAAUAAUUGUUAAAAUCUGUGUUCCAAAAGUGGACAUAGCAGGUACAGGCAGUUGUCUGUCCUGUGCACAGAAAACUUAAAAGUUGUUUAAUAUUUGUUGUUGUAUACCCAAAUACGCACCGAAUAAACUCUUUAUAUUCAUUCAAA